CGAUUGAACAGAAAGGAAGAGAAAAAGAAAAGAAAAAAGAUGCUUCUCUUCUUCUAUUCGCCCUCUCAAAAAGGAAUCUUUUUUUCCCGCUUCUUGGAUUCGAGAUGCAGUCGUCGAUGGUGUUUCGAUACGAGGCAAGAAUUGCUGGUGGAUACGAGAUUUCCAAAGGGAGAACCUGGGGAGGAGAGGAGAAAAAGGGAAGAGGAAAAGUUGGGGGUGGGAUUCCGGGCGGUGGGGCCACAGGGAGGGAAGGUGACUUUUGGCUACUGCUGGAAAUACGAGAAGACGGGCGUCUCUACAAAGUAUCGGUACAUGCACGUACCAAGACAGCAGGUGAGAUACAAGAUGGCGACGAUUAAAAAGAGCAGAGAAGCAGCUUGUCUUGAAAGGCGACAUAGAAUUAAAGUAACUGCAUUCGCCACUUUAAGCAUGAUGCAGGUCCAGCCAUGUUUUGCAGCCACAGAUGCAGCUCCGUCCGUCUCCAUUUAAGCACUAAUACGUGGAGCCGUUGUCUUGGUGACCCUGGGCUCAACAUACGCCCGUACCAGCCAAGUUUACAAAAAGAGAUGAUACCUUGGAGAUUAUAUCAAGUAUCUCAAGUUGAGAAUUCACGCUUCAUCAUGACAGGUAGCCUUAUACUCCAAGCAUAGAUACGGGGACUAUCCAGAGUAAACAAACAAACUCCAACACCACUAGCGCGAGAUUACAUAAUAUCCACGAUACCGCUCGUCUGUAGAUAUCCUGCAGCAACAUCAAUAAUCGGGCUUUCAACCCCACAAGAGCACCACGUUGCUGUAGUAAAACAAAACUGAUUCAUACACUCCUUCCUUUCUUACUUCAUACAACGACGUCCAAGCAAAACAUCGUCAGCCCUCCCUACAAAGGAGUCCAUACAACAUCCCUCUUCUCCUCGCUUUCUCUCCCUCGACACCAGUCCGUACGUUGCACAUAACUGCUAAUAAAUGAAUUCACGCAUGAGAGACAAAAAAUGCAUAAAGAACAAGGGCGACAUCAUAAUGCCCGUUCAAUUCAAUUCCCAUUUCCCCAAAAGCCUAAAUCGUAAUGGUGGUAUCUUAGACAGAAAAAGCAGAU